AUGUCGUCGAAAGUGAUAAUAGGCGGGGUCGUCACGGUUGCCGCCGGAUACGCGUUGUAUGAGUACCAGCUGCAGCAAAGACAACAGCGGGCUACGCUGCAACCUGCUGCUUUCCAAAAGGAGCGCGAAACACACGCGUUUGAGCGUCAAGGCGAGCGGGCGGGCGCGAAGCUCGAUAGCGCGGCCAACCAGGCCCGCGAACAGGCUCGCGACCUGGCGCACGACGCAGACGAGAAAGUCACCUCUACUAUGGCAGAGGUGGAGCGCGCCAAGGCUAGAGGCACUCAGUGGGUUUAUGAACAUCUGGGUGAAGCUCAAGACAAAGUCGAAGACCGUCGCGACAAGUAUCUAGAGCGUUCUGGCGAACUGCAUGCGAUUGUGGAAAACACACGUGAGCGUGAACGUGCCCAACAAAACGCUGUCAAGCGGUUUGUCAACGACACGCGCGACCAGAUCUCGAGCGACAUCCAGAACAUUCGUGCUGGCGUUGCAGACGACGCCUCGAGCAUCAGAGAUGCUAUUAUUGGCGCCAAGAAGCAGGGUCAGGACACUGCUCAGUCGUGGGAAAAUUCGGCGCGUGACACCGCCGUAGACGCAAAGCACACUGCGGAGGACAAAUCGCAGUCGAUUUUCAACUGGGGAUUUGGCAAGGCUGAAAAGGCCCGUGCCAAAGCCAUUGAGGAGUACGAUCAGGCCAAUAAGCAUUUCCACGAACUUAGCGAAAAGUACAAGUCUGAAUCGGGACUAUUCUCGGGUGGCAGCGACGAAUUGAAAAAGCAAGUGAAUGCAGCAGAGGCCCAGCUUAAGUCCUACAAGCAAAAACUCGAGGAUGCCACUGCCAAGUACUCUCAAUACACCACCGACAACAUCAACGAGCUUUCCGACAAACUAGAAGAAGAAGACCGCAAACUACGCAAAAAGGGCUUUUUCACCUGGUUGACUGGAAAAGAUUCUGGAGCUUCGACUCAAAAGAAGAAAUCCGACAAUGUCGAUGAGAUCGCAUCUCACAGUGUAGUCGGAUGGGGGGAGACCGCUGAGGCCUUGGCCAAGGAAGAAUUGGACGACUUGGUGAGAAACAAGCAGAUUGGUCGCAGUGAGGCUCAAAGGCGUCUAGACGAGCUUAAGAAGAUCAAGGAUGAAGGGUGGUUUACAUACCAGGGCAAGAACGACGCCGAGUUGGCCCAACGUGCUGCUAACACUCUAAAGGGCUGGGGUGAAACCGCCUCGCAAUUGGCCCAGGACGAGUACGAAGAAACUCGCAGACGUUUGCCACAGGCUCCCAAAAGUUUGUCUGACGCUGUAGACGUUGCCAAACAAAAAGUGGAAUCCACCAAGAAAGAACUUGACAAAGCCAGUACCGAGUGGUGGUCGCAGGGCAAGGACAAGAAGAACGAAUUACACGAUAAGGCUCAAAAACAAUAUGAAGAAGCUGAACGUGAGUACCGGUCAUCGUUGGAAUCUCUUGCCGAUUGGUCCGAAAAGGCCAAGGGCAAGUUCUGGUCCGGGGCCGAUACUGCUUUGGAUGCCACCAAGUCCACUACCGACACACUUCACACCAAGGCCAAGCAAGGGCUAAAUGCUGCCCAGGACUUUGUCCAAGACAAGAAGGAGUGA